UAUUGGUUUGGGCCUAUCCUAAAUACAAGGGCUGAAGCAUUUGAAUCUCCAUAUAUAAUAUAAUGGCUAGAUCAUUAUCUAGUUUACUCAUGAAGGGUGUUGCAGGCCUUCCAGCUGCUCAUUCCUUGAGGACAGCGAUCUAGGUCGAAGGAAAGCCAAUUUAGUGGCAGAUUUAAUCUCUGAAGAUGAACUUGAAAUCACUUUUCAGUUAUGCAGAUUGAAGCCUGCAACUGAACAGCAGCAACCUCUACCACAGGGGUCUAUUUCAGGUUCUUCCACCAGCUUUCCAGCAUGCAGGUCCAAGUGGAUAUCUUGCGGAAUUGAUAGAGCUCCUUGUUGUGGACCUUCGCCUGAAAUUUCAGGCCUAACAAGCGCCAAACCAGUGGCAGGAUCUUUCUACCAUCAUGUCAUGACCUAUUCUACUAAUGUGACUGAUGAUCCUGAUACCCACGAGGAUUUUAGACCCACCAGCAAGCUUGUCGGAUCUGACCUUUCUAACAAUGCCAUUGUUGAGCAGGAUGUCAAGGAAAACCCUGUGAUGAUUUAUAUGAAAGGAGUUCCUGAUAUGCCUCAAUGUGGAUUUAGUUCACUAGCAGUUAGAGUACUGAAAACAUACCAUGUUCCUUUCGGUGCUAGAAACAUUCUGGAAGACUCUGAACUGAAGACUGCUGUAAAAUCCUUCAGCAACUGGCCUACAUUCCCACAGAUCUUCAUCAAAGGAGAAUUUGUUGGAGGAUCUGAUAUUAUUCUCAAUAUGCACCAGACUGGGGAACUGAAGGAAAAACUCAAGGAUGUUACUGCCAACCAGGAAAGCAAGGAAUAGACGCUGCUUUUACAUCAAAAGAUAAAUAUUUCUCUUUUGCAUGGGAGUGAUAUUGCAUAAUUUUGUUAUACUGUUUAGUUCAUGAGAAAGAUGAAUGAUGUUUUGAUUCAUCUCGUCCCCCUUCCUUAUCCCUGUUCUUUUACCACCUCUAUGUUGUCAAGAAUGAUGUACUCCACUUGUAGCUAAAAUUGUUGGUUGAAUUUCUUUAGUUUUCUUUAAUAGUGAUAUAUAUUUUUAAGCAA